AUGGAGGGAAGUCAGCUCCAACGCCAAGCAGCUUCCAUAAGGAGAACCCUCUUUGAACAGGGUUAUCUCGAUGAACAAUUCAUUCAGCUGGAAGAACUUCAAGAUGAUGCUAACCCUCACUUUGUGGAAGAAGUUGUGAAACUUUUCUACACCGAUUCCGUGAGAUUCAUCCGCAACAUUGAAUUGGCAAUGCAAAGAAAUCCUUUGGAUUUCGACAAGUUGGAUGAUUAUAUGCACCAGUUCAAGGGUAGCAGCUCAGGUAUCGGAGCCAAGAAGGUGAAGAAAGAGUGCACACAAUUCCAGGACUACUGCAAAGCAGGCGAUGCUGAAGGAUGUUUGAGGACCUUCCAAGCAGUGAAACAGGAGCAUGCAAACCUAAAGAGGAGACUGGAAGCCUAUUUUCAGGAGAAGACAGAAGACAUUCUCUUUCGUAGGCUCCUCAAAAAGGAAGAGACACAAACAAAGUCCCUAAUGAGGCACCAAACCUAUGCUGAUAUCCUUGAAAAGGGAAAGGUGGAAGCAAUGGAUAUCAUCAGUGGACCUGAAUCUGUGAUCUGCCCAGAGUUGGGAAUGCUCCAUUUAAAGUUGGGACCACAGGACGGUAGUGAACCCCAAUCGUCUGAUCCUUUCAGCAUUAAUGAUCAUCUUGAGUUGGGCUCCAGUUCAGGCCGACAUAAUGAUUUAGAGAACAUUAUUGGGAGAUAUGUUGAAUUUGUUUUGGGUCAGAGACGCAUUUUCCCCCCGGUUCCUGAUUCUUUCCCUAAGACAGAAAGAGGAUCCACAACUUUAGCUUUUUUUAAUGGAGAUGAAAUUUUGAUAGCUGUUGAUCACAAGGAGUUUUUUAUAUUUUCUCCAAAGUCUUCUGUUCGGAACGUUGUUGAACUUAAUUCUCACAUGCUUGCCGCAAUUUCUGGAGGGCGUGAAGUUUUUCUUUUUCUUGUUAGUAAGUUGGAUGAUGAGAUUCCAGCAAUUGAAGCUGCAAAGUUGGCAAAAUCUGCAAUCUGCUAUGCUGCCUAUGGAGCUUAUGAAUGUGGUAAUUUUGUUAGUGUUUUCCUGGUAAAUGAGGAUGGGUGGAAGACGCUCAUCGCUGGGGAUGUUAUAGAAGAGUGGCAAGAGGAGAAUAUCAAAAUGUUAAGAAGUGACUAUGAUCUCCCAAUGCGAGUUUACAUUGGUUCGCUGGACUAA